GUGUGUCCUCAACCCACCAUGGUAAUUUUCAAUAACACUACAUCCUCCUCCUCACACUUCCUCCUCCUCACUGCGUUCCCUGGGCUAGAAUUGGUUCAUGUGUGGAUCUCUAUCCCUGUCUGCUGUCUCUACAUCAUUGCCCUCCUGGGAAACAGCAUGAUCCUGUUUGUCAUCAUUGUUGAGCAGAGUCUCCACAAGCCCAUGUACUAUUUCCUCUCCAUGUUGUCAGCUGCUGAUCUAUGUCUAACCAUCUCAACUCUCCCCACCGUGCUUGGAGUUCUCUGGUUUCAUGCCUGGGAGAUCAGCUUUAAUGCUUGCCUAAUUCAAAUGAUGUUUGUACAUACCUUCUCUUUCUUUGAGUCCUCAGUGCUGGUAGCCAUGGCCUUUGACCGCUUCAUGGCUAUCUGUAACCCACUGAAGUAUGCCACCAUCCUCACAGACAUGACGAUCAUGGUCAUUGGACUGAUCAUCUGCAUACGACAAGUAAUUUUCAUCUUUACAAUAUCUCUAUUCUUGAAGAGUCUAUCUUUUCACGGGGGCCAGGAGCUUUCCCACCCAUUUUGCUACCACCCAGAUGUGAUCAAAUACUCAUAUUCCAAAGCUUGGAUCAGCAAUUCUCUAGGCAUGUUUCUUCAGCUCUACCUGAGUGGCACCGACUUAUUGUUUAUUCUUUUCUCCUAUGUCCUAAUUCUCCGUACUGUCCUGAGCAUUGCGGCCCCUAAGAAGCAGCAAAAGGCUCUCGGCACUUGUGUCUGUCAUCUCUGUGCUGUCACUGUUUUCUACAUGCCAAUGAUCAGCUUGUCCAUUAUACACUGUCUCCUCAGCUCAACCUCAAGGGUAGUCUGUAGCAUUUUGGCCAAUGUUUAUUUGCUCUUACCACCUGUACUGAAUCCUAUCAUCUACAGCUUGAAGACCAAGACCAUCCAACAGGCUAUGCUCCAGCUGCUCCAGUCUAAAUGUUCACGGGGCCCCAAUGUGAGGAGUCUUAGAGGAGGGUGGGAUUGA